AUGCCAACAUGGGAGUCGACAGAUAGAUUGGAAGGUUCUGAUGGAAGUGAACGUGGAGGAUUGAUUAUCAAGAAGAAGAAGAAAGAUGAUGGAGAAAAGGAAGUGUUUAAAGUACCGGCGUUUUUGAAGCGUGCUCAAGACCUGAAACGAGGUAACGAAAGUGAAAGAAGCGAUAUUGGAGAUUCUGUCAGGAAAGAGAUUCAGAGGUGAGUUAAUUUUCUUGAUUUAUUUCGGUUUUAGGUAAUAAACUGAAGUUUUAGUCAGUCUAAAGUGAUAUGCAUCAUGCCUAAUCGAAAGGAUGUUGUUUUAUUUUUGGGGAGCAUGGACUUGUCCAUUGAUAGCUAAUAUUGAAGAUCACGCUUAUGCUUUGUAUUUUAGAAAACAAGACAGAGACAAAGAACGUGAUCGUCGUGGGAUACGGUUGGAUUCUCGAGAACACAGACGUAGACGUCAUGAUAGUGAUGAUGAGGAUGAUCCUAGAGACAGAAGAAGACGAGAUGACUCUAGUAGAAGCAGCAGAGACGAUAGACGUCGUGAUGAUCGAGAUUAUAACAGAAAAGAUCGCGAUAGAAGGGGCAGAAGAUCGUCACGGUCUCCAACUUCAGCCAGACGGUUUAACGAGCCGGAAACACCCCAGUUUAAGAUUCCAAAUACUCCAGGAAGUUCAAAUUGGGACGACGAUUCACGGCCGAAGAAGAAACGAUCAGAUUGGGACGCUGAGACACCGGUAACUCAAGUUGGUGGAAGAAGCUUGGACAGUGUUUGGAGGGAGGAGAAGAACAGGAACAAGCAUAGGUACGAUAUUUUAAAAUUUUUGAAUCUUAUGUUUUUUUAUGGACAAUGUAUAAGUUUUAGGCUUGAAUAUACGCAAAAAAUCUGAGCUUUUCUGCUGAUACCUAAAAUAACAUUCUAAAUUAAACUAUUGUUAUUUUCAGAAGACGAGAAAACUUCAUAGAGCCAGGUACAGGAGAAGCCAAACCGUCUUUUAUAGACGAUCAAGAACGGCGUCAAUGGGAGAAAGAACAGUUUCAACUCGAUCGUGAAUGGUAUGAAAAUGAUCAAGGUUACAAUGACGAGUUCAACCCAUUUUCGAAUGUUUCUGAAGAUUACGUUAAGAAACGAGAGAAGCAAGUUAAGAAGCAUAAGGCCAAGCCUAGAAUGAGUGCUAAAGCGCAACAGAUUAAAAAGGAUAACGAAAAGUGGGAGAACGACAGGUUGGCACGGUCAGGUGAGACUUUAUACUAAUUUUUUGGUGUUUUUAGGGUAUUUUUGGAAAUUAUUAAACACGAUUUUGAAGAAUGAUAGUAUUUUAUGAAGCAAGACGGCUAAUAGGACGUUUACACGUAAGGCUCUAAAUGUUACAAUUGGCACUAUAGCUAUAAUUUAUAUUUUUAGGUGUUGUGUUGUCUGCUGAAGAUUUGGACGAAGUGCUGGACGAUGAAGAAGAUGAAAACGCUGUCAAUUUACUGGUACAGAACAUUAUACCACCGUUUUUGGAUGGGCGAAUGGUCUAUACAAAGCAGUCACAGCCGGUUGUACCUGUAGGUUUUGGUUUUUUUCUGAUUUUUUUUCACUUUUAAUGUUGUAGUAAUUAGCUUUUCUAAUUAAAAAGUAUUGUUUUAGGUAGACAAGAGUAAAAUGUUGUUCUAGUUAACGUUAAAAAAAAUAGAGAUAUAAUAGAUUUAAAAAGUAUUGUUUUAGGUAAAAGAUGUGACAUGUGAUAUGGCAAUUGCGGCUUCAAAAGGCUCUCGACAGGUUCGAUUCUACAGAGAACAAGAAGAGAAGAAGAAGGCUCAAGAAAAGCAUUGGGAUCUUGCUGGUAGUAAUUUGGGUAACAUUAUGGGCGUGAAGGCUGAGAAGGAUACAGGGGAGGAAGAUGCCAUGAAGUCUUCUGAUUAUAAGUAAGUAAAACAUGUUGUCGUAAAUCUUUUUGAGUUUCAUAGUUACUGUGUUUGAUAGUUCCACCUAUAAGUAUCAAAAAGAAGGCCAGUUUUAAUUUAUAACAUUUUAUCACUUCCAGAGACUCUCACAAGUUCGCAGAACACAUGAAAGAAGAAACCGAAGCAGCGUCAGACUUUGCCAUUGAAAAGACAAUAAAACAACAACGUGAAUACCUGCCAGUCUUUGCCGUACGACAGAAACUACUACAAGUGAUAAGAGACAACUCUGUAAUCAUUGUCAUUGGUGAAACAGGUUCAGGUAAAACAACUCAACUAACACAAUAUCUGAUGGAAGAUGGGUACGGCAAAAGCGGACUGAUUGGCUGCACUCAACCACGUCGUGUCGCUGCUAUGUCAGUAGCCAAGAGAGUGUCAGAAGAAAUGAAUGUUGAGUUAGGGAAAGAGUGUGGAUAUGCUAUUCGGUUUGAGGAUUGCACUUCGGAUGAUACAGUUAUUAAGGUAGGUGAAGGAAUUUGAAAAAUAAACACAAAUUUUACAUUUUUUUAACUUUAAAGGUUUAUACUAAUCUUUAUUUGGAUGUUGUUCAUAGUACAACUCUUAAAACUUUAAUUUUAGUACAUGACUGAUGGUAUCCUCCUCCGUGAAUGCCUAGGGGACCCCGAACUAGAACAAUACUCAUGCAUCAUCAUGGACGAAGCUCACGAACGUUCUCUUAAUACUGACGUUCUAUUCGGUCUGUUAAGAGAAGUUGUUUCGAAAAGAACUGACUUGAAGUUGAUAGUAACAUCAGCUACUAUGGAUGCAGACAAGUUUGCUACCUUCUUCGGAGGUCACACUCCAACCUUCACCAUUCCCGGACGAACUUUCCCGGUCGAAAUAUAUCACGCCAAGUCACCAGUAGAAGACUAUGUAGACGCAGCUGUGGGACAGAGCAUCAGAAUUCAUCUAGGCCCAAUGGACGGCGACAUUCUGAUGUUCAUGCCAGGUCAAGAAGAUAUUGAAGUAACUUGUGCAUUGAUCAAAGAAAAGCUGAAUGAAUUGGAUGAAGCUCCGCCAUUGGCUGUGUUACCUAUUUAUUCACAAUUGCCAUCGGAUAUGCAGGCUAAAAUAUUCCAAAGAGCACCUGGAGGCAUGAGAAAGUGUAUUGUAGCCACCAAUAUUGCAGAAACUUCAUUGACAGUUGAUGGUAUAUUGUUUGUGAUUGAUCCAGGAUUUUGUAAAUUGAAGGUCUUUAAUCCGAGAAUUGGUAUGGAUGCGUUGCAGGUAGGUAAAACACUUUUUAUAUGUAUGGUAAUAUCUAGCAAAUUGUAAAAUAUCCUUUUCAAAUUUACUCUAUUUUCAGGUUUUCCCAGUAUCCCAAGCCUCUGCCAACCAACGUUCUGGACGUGCCGGUCGUACAGGACCAGGACAUUGCUACCGCCUUUACACAGAACGCCAAUUCAAGGAAGAAAUGCUAACCUCUACAGUACCAGAAAUCCAAAGAACCAACUUGUCUAACGUGGUACUACUUCUAAAGUCUCUAGCUGUAGACGAUCUUCUCAAGUUCCACUUCAUGGACCCACCACCUCAAGAUAACAUGCUCAACUCCAUGUAUCAGUUGUGGACGUUGGGGGCCUUGAGUAACACCGGACAAUUGACUCAAUUGGGAAGGAAAAUGGUCGAGUUUCCACUGGAUCCAACCUUGUCUAAGAUGUUAAUAGUGUCGGAGGAGAUGGGGUGCAGUACGGAGAUAUUGACCAUUGUGUCAAUGUUGAGUGUACCGUCGUUGUUCUUCAGGCCAAAAGGAAGGGAGGAUGAUGCUGAUGCGAAAAAGGAGAAGUUCCAGGUAAGGGCAAGAUAAUUUAGAUUUGUUAUCAUUAUUUAUAGAGUGUGAAGCUUAGUUUUUGUUACCUAAAAUACGACUUUACCAGUAUGCGUUAAUUAUUAGGUUGUUCAAAUAAUUGUGUGCUCUUUAAUCCUUAAAGUUUGCUUUGGAAGAGGCGCAGAAUUAGUUGAACAACCUAAUAAAUUAUGAUUUCAGCUAUUUUUGUUACCUAAAGUUUUCUGUUUCAAAAAAAAAAUUUCAGGUACCAGAAAGUGACCAUCUAACCUAUCUCAACGUCUACAAUCAAUGGCAAAAGCACAAGUUUAGCAACCGGUGGUGUACGGAGAACUUUUUACAUGCCAAAGCUUUGAGGAAAGUUCGAGAAGUACGAUCUCAACUGACUGACAUUAUGGAAAGCUUGAAGAUCGAAGCGAUCUCAUGUGGAACAGAAUGGGAUGUGGUCAGGAAAUGCGUGUGUUCCGCUUAUUUCCACAAUGCUGCUAGGUAAGGUUAUUAAAGUUGGCAUUUUGAUGACAUUUUGUGGUAUACUUAUGAAAUAUUGAAAGUGGAAUCAGUAGUUUUGUAUAAAACAAGCUGUAAUGUAUACCUUAAACCAGGGCCGGGCGGGGACUUUUGGUCUGGGGGCAGGGGUCCGAAAAAUCGGCACAGGAGCUACUUGUGCCGAUUUUUUGCAAAAUUUUUUUUCCGAAAACCACAGGGGGACCACGUUCAACUUUUUUCAAUAAAUUUUUUUCUGGGUGGUAACCCCCCUCCCUCCCCUGUCCCCCCCCCCUCGCGCCCGGCCCUGCCUUAAACCUUUCAAACACUAACUUACAUCUAAUAAAUACCUCUUUUUCAGACUCAAAGGAGUAGGAGAAUAUGUUAACAUGCGUAACGGCAUGCCCUGCUUCCUCCAUCCCACCUCGUCCCUCUACGGAAUCGGCUACACCGUCCACUACAUUGUCUACCACGAACUCAUCAUGACCACACGAGAAUAUAUGCAAUGUGUCACCGCCGUCGAACCGCAAUGGCUGGCCGAAGUCGGCCCAAUGUUCUACGCUAUCAAAGACAGCAUGAUGACGGGCAGGGAAAUGAUGCUGGAACAGAAGCGAACGGCCGAAACGAUGGAAGCCGAAAUGGCAGAGCAUCGCAAAGUCAUGGAGGAAAAGGCCAAAACAGAACGAGGAGCUAUUCGAACACAAAAAGAAAUCAUCAGCCAUGUGGGACAGAGAUCAGUCAGAAGUGUCAGAAGAGGAUUCGGAAUAUAA